AUGAAGAGAAAGCUCCUGCCAGAAGCGCGCGCAGGAGUGCCAGACAGUUCACGGCGGCGGACGGUGUUCGCUCAUCACAUGGCCGAGCAAGACUUCGUGUCGAAUCAGCACCAAAGUAACACCAGCUUCACACCAUCUUCCCUUUCCUUCCUCGCAGAUAACAUGAUGGGGAACGGCUGGAUCGGUUUAAAUGACAGAGGUACCGAGGACGACUGGGUUUGGAGCGACAACACUAAGGUCUCCAUCACCAACUGGAAUGAUGGCGAGCCCAAUGGCAACGCAGGGAACGAAAACUGCGGCGAGAUGCGAGCGGACACAGGCAAGUGGAACGACCUGCCCUGCCACCUCGCGCGUGUGUUUGCGUGCAAGAGCAAGGCCUCUGCCACGCCCGUCUCGCCAGUGCAGCCCACGACCACGCCCUAUCCUGAUUAUUUGUUAGACAGUGAUUUAAGGAAAUCGGUCUGA